GAGAAUUUUUAGGAGCCAUGCUUCCCUCUAAUAUCACCUCAACACAUCCAGCUGCCUUUUUGUUGGUAGGAAUUCCUGGUUUGGAGCACUUGCACAUCUGGAUCUCCAUCCCCUUUUGCUUUGCCUAUACUUUGGCCCUACUUGGAAACUGUACCCUUCUCUUUAUUAUCCGAGCGGAUGCAGCCCUCCAUGAGCCCAUGUACCUCUUUCUGGCCAUGUUGGCAACAAUUGACCUAGUUCUUUCUUCUACAACGCUGCCUAAAAUGCUUGCCAUAUUCUGGCUCAGGGAUCGGGAGAUCAACUUCUUUGCCUGCCUGGUCCAGAUGUUCUUCCUUCACUCCUUCUCCAUCAUGGAGUCAGCAGUGCUGUUGGCCAUGGCCUUUGACCGCUAUGUGGCCAUCUGCAAGCCACUGCACUACACCACUGUCCUGACUGGGUCCCUCAUCACCAAAAUUGGCAUGGCUACUGUGGCCCGGGCUGUGACCCUGAUGACUCCACUCCCGUUCCUGCUGAGAGGCUUCCACUACUGCCGAGGCCCAGUAAUUGCCCACUGCUACUGUGAACACAUGGCUGUGGUGAGGCUGGCAUGUGGGGACACUCGCUUCAACAAUAUCUAUGGCAUUGCUGUGGCCAUGUUGAUUGUGGUGUUGGACCUGCUCUUUGUCAUCCUGUCUUAUGUCUUCAUCCUUCAGGCAGUUCUCCACCUCGCCUCUCAGGAGGCCCGCUACAAGGCAUUUGGGACAUGUGUGUCUCACAUAGGUGCCCUCCUGUCCACCUACACUCCGGUAGUCAUCUCCUCAGUCAUGCACCGUGUAGCUCGCCGUGCUGCCCCUCAUGUCCACAUCCUCCUUGCUAUUUUCUAUCUCCUUUUCCCACCCAUGGUCAAUCCUAUCAUCUAUGGAGUCAAGACCAAGCAGAUUCGUGAUCAUGUGCUCAGUCUAUUCCAGAGAAAGAACAUGUAGAUGAGAUGGAUAGUUCUUUUUGUUAACCCACUGGCCCAGUAAUGAGAAUGCUGGAUGGGG